CCCCCCAACUCCUGCUUCCCUCGAACACUUCACAUUGUUCUUUCAGUCCUUUGAAAGACACACAGAGAGAAAGUUGUAGAGAGAGAAACUACAGAGAGGAACUACACAGAGAAAGGUUGAGUCUUUGUUAAGAGAGAGAGAGAGAGAAUGCAGCAGCACCUGAUGCAGAUGCAGCCCAUGAUGGCAACCUACGGUUCACCGAAUCAGGUCACCACCGAUAUCAUUCAGCAGUAUCUGGACGAGAACAAGCAGUUGAUUCUGGCUAUUCUUGAAAACCAAAAUUCAGGAAAAGCUGAUGAAUGUGCUGAGAAUCAGGCUAAGCUUCAGAGGAAUCUGAUGUAUCUUGCAGCCAUUGCGGAUAGCCAGCCCCAAGUUCCUACCAUUGCUCAGGUAUAUAUUGGUAUUGGCUAACAUCAAUUAUCGGUAGGGUUAUUUUCAGAUGCACUCUCUAUAGUUAGGGGGCUGUAGCUGGUUAUCACCCAUGUUCUAGUUUAUUAGCACACACAUACAUCUUUUCAUUGGUAUUUUUUCAGUUUUGAAACUUCGUUGGGAAAUGUAUCAUGGCCAGAGUUGGACAUUUGCU